AUGGAGCCGGGCGCGGAGCCGGAGCCGGAGCCGGAGCCGCAGCCCGGCUGCAGGCUGCGGACCCUCCCUCCUGCCCCGCUGCGCUGCGCCGCGCCGCACCGCAUCGCCGAUGCUUCCCAAAAUAUCUCGCGGCUGCUGCUGCUUCUGUCCAUCGAGCAGACAUGGAAGCUGAAUCCGUCUGCAGAGCAGAUUGCUUGGGAGCAGCCACAUCCCCUGAUUUCUUUUGGUCUUUGUCUUUUGCAUCCAGAUGACAUUAUCAAGCGCCACAAGAAAGACCAGACGGACGCCCAGGCUGUCGGGAACCAGCGAAGGCAGCAGCUCGGGAACAGGAACGCGUAUGGGUACGGGAGGCCGCGGCUCCGUGCCUGGGUGCAGCGCAACCUGCAAGGACCCAAUAGAUUAAGAAGAGGAUUUGGACAACAGCAGUACAACCGGCAGCAGCGGAGGGGCACCAUACCCGGCCCAAGGAGAAGAACAGCCGUGACAUUAAAUGGAGUGAGCCCCUUAAAUCGCCAGAUUUCUACUCAAGAGGGCAACCAGAAUGAAGAAGGGUUCAGCAAAAGUGGUGACAGCGGACAGACGGGAGCACAGACCAGGCCCCUCCAGCACCCUCGGAGAUUCAGGACCCUGGGUGCCGCAGUCCAAGGCCCAGCGAGAAGCGGCCAGCCUUUCACCCUAAACAGGAGGCCGGCCUUCCAGCAGAAGCAGAUACAGCAGAGGCGAUCCAAGCCCGGCUUUUACAGAGGGCAAAACGAAGCCAGCAUAGCCGGGAAACCACCGUGGAUGAGAAGGUGGCAGCUGGCACCCAACCCUGGAGCAGUGCUGACCGUCUCCGUGGCAAAUCCUCAGGCAGGCCAAGGCAACGUCCCCUUCUCCAGGCCGGGAGCCAACCGUCCGUUCCUGAGAGGCAGGAGACCCCCCUUCCCCAGGCCGACCAAGCCCCAGCCCAAGGGAGUGAUGCUGAGGUUCAACUUCCGCGCCAUGGCGAACCAGACCAGCCUGACCCUGGACGAGCGGUUCUCCGGGCUGAGGAACAAGUGGCGUUUCAUGGCCGCCAGGAACGUGGGACGGAUGGUCACCAUGCCCUGAUGCCAUAUGCUCCCUGCGGGGCCGGCAGCCUGGCUCGGCCCAGCC